GACUUAAACUUGCUUCUAAAUUUCUACAUCUAUAGAAACCUACAUAAAUACGCAUUCCAAUCUUUCAAAAAUCAAACAGUUCCAUUCAAAAGGUCGGCUUCAAAUUGAGUUAACCCAACUCAAUCAUUUAGACAAAGAGAUAUGUCGGACCAUAGGAGAAGCGAAAGGCGUACAAGAGACCCACACCAGUUAUCAUCAUCGAGACAAUAUCAUGGUAGUGAAAGAUCUAGUCAAGAGCCACCGCGACAAAACGAUCAGCAACGCUCUCCACUCUCGGCAUCACAUUAUCAUGGUGUUGGACCACCUCAGCAUCAAUAUUCCGCAAACCACAUGGAAUUCAACGAUUACAUGGCCAGCAAUCCAAGAGAUGUCUCUGAUGAUGUUGCAGAUUACACUAGAUAUGAUCCUUGGGAACCUGCACACCCAUACGUAGGCAUGUCAGUCUUGAACCGACCCAUGCCACCGGGAACGGAACCGGUAGCACUGAAUGUUGGCCGAAACCCUAGUGUCUGCGAAGUUUGCAAUGCAAGACCCCCUAUAAAUUCCACCGAAUCCUAUCCUCAAUGGAAGUGGAAACAUCUAAAUGAAAAAAAUAGCUGUCGGUUGGGAAUGAGUAGGAUCUUUAACAAUGCCCCUGUCGUAACCGAGGUAGAGGGAGGAUAUCUCCACGGUCAGGCUUUUGCUGACAGCAACGACCAUGAACAAAUGGCACCUCCUGCGUCUAUUCCCACAUAUCCAUCCAUUCGCCCACCAGCAGCUCAAAACACAUACUCAAGUGCCCAAGGCCAAAAUAUUACUCAAUACACACCCCAACAACCCCAACCUCCAUACUUUCACCAACCACCCACAGUCCAACCCUUUUUCGCCCAAGAACUAUACGACCAAUACGACGACGAGUACGACAACGAGCAAUUAGACAACAUUGCCACAGCAAACGAGACAGCUUCGGGUCCCGGCUGGGGCGUCGAACCAUCCGUUAUUAUUCCUCGAUCAACCUAUUCCAAUUCCGAAAGACGUGGUUAUCGCGGCGUGGGUAGGUAUCACAGAUGAUAGAGUCGUGGUAGCGAAAGAGAUGAAUGAGCGAGGGAAUUGUGGUAGGUGAAGAGGAUAGAAGGAACACUUUCAAAUCUCUCUACUUCGCUCUCUUACAUCUCCUUUAUCUCAAGAUUCCAAAGUUCCAAUACUCCAAUAGAUUAGAUUACAUUAGACAACAAUAAUAAUAAUAACAAUAACAACAAUAACAACACACCA